CUCCUUUUUCCUCCUGGGUUGGGGUCUGUCUGAGUCCCAUCGGGGGCGGGGAGUGGGCCGGACGGAGUUGACGUGUUUGUGGCCCCGGCGCUGCUGUGUCUCCGCUCGGCAGCGGGAUGUGAGUCGGAUCCACUGGAGCCAGCUCCCGGGGAACCGCUGUGUUUCUCAGCGAGCGGCACGGCGGCAUCUCGCGGAGAAAGGUGGCCGGAUUUGGAUUUUAAAGAGAUUCCCUGAAGAAAGAAGGCGGGAGUAACGUCGAAUGGGAUUAUGGAUUCAGUGAGGAGGCCACUAGGCAAGUGCCGAGGUGUCUUUCGGUGGCUUCAUGUGAUGUUGGGAAUCCUAGUUGGAUGGUCUGUGGCAGGAUCAAGCGAACCUCUGGUUCUUCGUAUUGAUGAAGAACAGCCACCUUUCAGUAUCAUCGGUGAUAUAAAUGCAGGGCUUCCACCUGGUCACAUAACCAGCAGUUUCUUUACACAUGAGACCGAUGGCACCGGUAUGUCUUCUGACUUAAUCAUUGAUGAAACAACAGGGAUUAUUAAGACUGCCAGGGUGUUGGAUCGUGAGUCUCGGGAUAAGUACAAGUUUGUUGCGGUGAAUUUGGGAGGUGAUACAGUUGAGGUGGUGAUAUUAGUCAAUGAUAUAAAUGACAAUGCUCCAGUCUUUCCCACCAGUCAGAUGCGACUUAAAAUACCUGAGCAAACACCUGUGGGAACACGAUUCCGCCUAGAUUCAGCUAUUGAUGCAGAUGGGGGUCAAUUUAGCACACAGGGAUAUCUUAUACAAGAUGGAAAUGUUGGGCAAUCCUUUAGGCUGGAAACUAAAAGGCUAACAGAAACAUUAGACCUGGAACUUGUGGUCAAUAGUCCUCUGGACAGGGAAGAGAGAUCCACUUACACCUUGGUAAUUGAAGCUUUUGAUGGUGGAACUCCACGCAAAACAAGUCAGAUGACUUUGUACAUCUCUAUUUUGGAUGUUAAUGACAAUGCGCCAGUGUUUAAUCAGACUCGAUACCAUGCCAUAAUCUCCGAAAAUUUACAGCCUGGAACCAGCUUUCUCCAGGUGUUUGCCACUGACAUAGAUGAAGGAAAUAAUGGUGUGGUUAUUUAUGAGAUCAACAGGAGGCAGAGUGAUCCCAGCCAGUACUUUGCCAUAGAUUCAAAGACUGGUGUAAUCAAAUUAAAUAAAGGAUUGGAUUAUGAAAUGAAGAAAGUCCACGAGCUGGUGGUCCAAGCUCGAGACAAUGCCUCACAGCCUGAAGUAACAACAGCAUUUGUUACUGUUCAGGUCAAGGAUUACAAUGACAACCAACCCACUCUUACUAUCAUCUUUCUCAGUGAAGAUGGAUCACCUCACAUCUCAGAGGGAGCUCAGCCUGGCCAAUUUGUGGCCAGAAUCUCAGUGUCUGAUCCUGAUUAUGGAGAAUAUGCCAAAGUCAAUGUGUCUUUGGAAGGUGGUGAUGGUAAAUUUGGACUGACUACCAAGGACAAUAUUAUUUAUUUGAUAUGUGUCGACCAGAUGUUAGAUCGAGAGGAGAAGGAUAGUUACCAACUCAGUGUUACAGCAACUGACUCUGGAACACCACCUCUGAGGGCAGAAUCCACAUUCACCAUUCAUGUAACUGAUGUUAAUGAUAAUCCACCGGUUUUUGACCGUUCAGGGUACAGACACUCCAUUCCAGAGGUUCUAUACCCUGGGAGCUUUGUGCUACAAGUAACAGCAAGAGAUAAAGAUGAAGGUGCUAAUGGUGACAUUGUGUACAGCAUCGUUAAUAGCCCAGAAUCUCAUUCUGAUUGGUUCACCAUUGAUCGGGCUACUGGAGUGAUUACUACAGCAUCAGCACUGGAUUACGAGGCAGAUCCAGCUCCCAUGUUGACGGUGGUGGCGACUGAUCGAGGAAACAAGCCCAUGUCUUCCUCCGUUACUGUCACCAUAGCGAUCCAGGAUGUGAAUGAUAAUGAGCCUGUAUUCAGCAAAAACUUCUAUAAUGUAUCAAUCAAGGAAAAUGAACCAGCUGGGACCUGCUUCCUCCAGAUCUCUGCCACCGAUGCUGACAGUGGAAGUUUUGGAAGUGUUACGUAUUCCAUUGAUUCUGGAAUUGGCAGCUUGCCACCCACUCAGUUCACCAUCGACCAACACACGGGUCAAAUCUGCACCUCAGGAGCCUUAGACAGGGACAAUGAGCCUGACCACUAUGAAUUCACAGUGACCGCUGUUGAUGGGGGUGGCCUGAACUCCAUGGCCUAUGUCAAAGUUUACCUGGAUGAUAUCAAUGACAACAGGCCAGUGUUCUACCCCGUGCAGUAUGCAGCAAGCCUCAGCACCCAGAGUCUGCCGGGAACAGUGGUGCUCAAAGUCUUUGCUUACGACAAGGAUGGAGGACGGAAUGGAAAGCUGACGUAUCAGAUCGUUGCAGGCAACUUGCCUCCCCUGUUCACCCUCGACAGAGACACAGGAGUUAUUUCACUUGCAUCUUCACUGCGCUCUGGAGGAGACUCAGUGCAGCGUCUGGUCAUCUCCGCCCAGGAUGCAGGUGGGCUCUCUUCUCUGGUCAAUGCCAUCGUAAACAUCAGCAUCGUCUCGGGUUCCAUCUCACCACCGCUCUUUGAGCAAGCUCAGUACUUCUUCACCGUGCCUGAGGACCUGAGAGGUGGCUCCCCAGUCGGCCGUGUUCGCGCUUCAAACUCUCCAGGUCAUUCUGAUGCUGUCUUUUAUACCAUUUCCUCUGGAGACCCCAAUGGCUACUUUGUGAUUGAUCGCAGCUCAGGGUUGAUUACGACUAACAUCCCUCUGGAUCAUGAGUCUCAUCCUGUUGUAAUACUGGAUGUCCAGGCACACAGUGGCUCUCCGCCCGCCUACAGUGGCACCAAGGUCAAGAUCAUGGUUUCUGAUGUCAAUGACAACACGCCAAAAUUUCCAACCUCUUCUAAGUCUAUUCUUGUGCCAGAAAACACGGAGAUUGGUUCUAUCAUCUACACGGCCAGUGCAGAGGACCAGGACAGUGGGGCAAAUGGCCAAGUACAGUUUGACCUCAUCUCAGGCUUGGAGAAGACUUUCAGCAUUGAUCGAACUUCUGGCAAGCUCCGUCUGAUCGGAGCCUUGAGCUACGAGACGUUAGCACGCUAUGAGCUGGAGAUUGUGGCCAAGGACAGCGGUGCUCCCCAGCUCAGCUCCACAUUUACUCUCGUUGUUCAUGUGCAGGACCAGAGUGACACUGCCCCAAUCUUUGAUACUUUGACUUAUCGGGUCGAGGUGAAAGAGGGAACACCUAUUAAUCGCCACUUCCUCCAGGUGCGCGCAUUAAGCCAGGACACCAGAGGAGGCCACAUCACCUACCACUUGCAUCCUGAUGAAGAUUCUGCCAACUUUGGGAUUGUCUCAGAGAGUGGCUGGUUGUUUGUGAAGAGUGUUCUGGAUCGGGAAAACAAGGACCUCUUCAGCCUCACUGUCGUUGCCUCCAGCACUGAGGGUGAACAGACAAAAACAGGGACCACGAAGGUCAGAAUCUGUAUCACAGAUGAGAAUGAUAAUGUGCCAAAACUCAGCGAGGACAUUUAUUUCUUCACUGUGCAAGAGAAUGUGCCACCAGCAAUGACCAUUGGGCGUAUCUUGGCCACAGAUCGCGACCAUGGCCUCAACAGCAAGCUGACCUACAGACUGCAACCAACACACGCAAGUUUCCACAUCAAUCCACAGACUGGUGAGAUGAGCUCUGUGGUGACGUUGGACCGAGAGGGUCAGGCCAGCUACCAGUUGACAGUGGUUGUUCAGGAUGGUGGUUCACCACCACUCAGUGCCACUGCAUCUGUCUAUGUUAUGGUCUUAGAUGAGAAUGACAAUGCUCCCGUCUUCAGCAACGUGCCGGUGGGAGAGGAGCUUAUCCUUCAGAUCUUUGAAGGAAACUUAUCUGGUAAUCUAGUGAUGACCCUCCAAGCCAAAGAUCCAGAUGAAGGAGAGAAUGGGACAGUGGUGUUCUCCUUGUCAGGUUCCUGGGCCCAGAGAUUCUCUCUCCACCCAACGACUGGUGAGCUCCGAGCAGCCACUGCUCUCCACCAGCGUGACAGGCAGGAGUAUGAACUAAUGAUAUUGGCACAGGACCGUGGUCACCCUCCUCAGACCACCCCUCUCACCAUCCGCAUCCAGGUGCUAUCUUCCCCCAGUAAAUUCCCGCUAUUUGACAGUAGUGCUGUCAGCCUUCAGUCCACCGAAGGAAUGGCCCCUGGCUCUGUCAUCGGGUCAGUGGCGUCGGGUGAGCGGUCGGCAUGGCUAGACGGCCAGGUGACCUACACAGUGGUCGGGGGCACAGACCGGGAUGGCUGUUUUCUGGUCGACAGACUGGGUGGGGAGAUUUACGUGGCCCGGCAACUGGACUACGAAUCAGGCUCCCACUAUCAGCUGGAGGUGGCAGUUGAUGAUUUGAGCAGUGGUCUCCCCCACCGCUCUAUCAUCCUGGUGGACAUCGACAUCCGGGAUCUCAAUGAGUACCCUCCCAUUUUUGCUGAGGAUCCCAUCACCAUCAUCAUUAGCGAGAAUGUUGACAUUGGCACCUCCAUUUACACCUUCCACGCCAUUGAUAAGGAUGGGAGCGGCCCCAACAGUGAGGUUCAGUACUCACUGCUCCACCAGACGCCGCCAGAACCUCGGCUGCAGCUUGAGCCCAUAUCGGGGAUGCUGACGGCCACGGAGCCCAUCGAUCGGGAACUCACUGCCUCCUUCCUGCUACUGGUCCAGGCCACCGAUCAGGCUAUCAACAGCAGCCAACGCAAGUCCUCAGCAGCCACUGUCCGUGUCUUUGUAACUGACGACAAUGACAACAGCCCGCAGUUCCUGUCGCCCACUCUAGUCAGCGUGCUGGAAAAUCGGCCAGUUGGGUCAGUCGUCUCUCACAUCAUCGCUCAGGAUGCAGACCUGGGAGAGAAUGGCCGACUGACCUAUCGCAUCAGGUCAGGGCUUGGACACGCACACUUCCACCUCAGUCCAGACACAGGUGUACUGACUAUUAUUAAGGCACUGGACUGUGAAGAGCAGUGCUGGUUCAACCUAACAGUGGAGGCGUCCGAUCACGGAUCUCCUCGCCGCACCACCAGCCAACCUCUCUACAUUCAGGUUGUCGAUAUCAAUGAUGAGCUACCCAGGUUCGACCACACAGCGUACGAGGCUCAAGUCACUGAGAACCAGUCUCCAGGCAUUCUUGUUAUCCAACUACAUGCUACUGACAGAGAUCAAGGUUCCAACGGGCUGUUGAGCUACGGUGGGGUGACGGACAGCAGUUUCUCCAUUGACCCGGUCUCAGGGGUCAUUAGCACCAGCCGGACAUUGGACAGAGAGGAACAGGAUCUACAUCUGGUCACGGUUUAUGCCAAGGAUGGUGGAGUUCCUCCAAAUGUUGCUACAGUGACAAUUUGCAUCAAGGUUCAGGAUGAAAAUGACAACAGCCCACAAUUUGAUAAGGAUGUUUAUCAGCUCCAGGUCCCAGAGAACCAGAACCGCAUGAUGCUCUUCACUAUUAAGGCCACAGACAAAGAUUCUGGUGAAAAUGGCCAUGUAGAAUAUGGAAUCAUUGAGGGUGAUCCUAACGGACAUUUCAACAUGGACCGGACCAGUGGUAUCCUGUCCACAAGCUCCAGUCUGGACAGGGAAUCUGUCUCACUCUAUACUCUGACCAUUGUGGCAUGGGAUCAGGGGCACCCCCAGCGCAGCUGCUCGGCCUCGGUCUUUGUACACGUGUUAGACAUCAACGACAACACUCCCACUUUCCAGGAGUCAAGCUACGUGGCCGAGGUCGAGGAGGACAGUACAGUUGGCACAAUAGUUUUGCAGGUAUCUGCAGUUGAUGCCGAUGCAGGUCCCAAUGGAGAGGUGUUGUAUUACCUGAGUGGUGAGUCACUGGGCAUGUUCAGCAUUGACAAGACAGGGAAGGUGAGUACAACCAUGACACUGGAUCGGGAGAAGCACACCUCAUAUUCAUUCCUGGUGCGAGCCGUGGACUCCGCUUCCUCAGAUCCCAGGAGUUCCACCACCCGGGUAGAAGUUAUUGUGAAGGACGUUAAUGACAAUUCUCCGCACUUCCUCACUGACCCACUUAUCGUAAACAUCUCCAGGCACACUCCGGUGAAUGAGCUGGUAGCCACCAUGAAGGCCGAGGACAAGGAUUUUGGUGCAAACGCCUCCAUAUUCUACAGGUUCUCCACCAUGGUCCAUGGGUUCAGCAUUAACUCCUUUACUGGCGAGAUCCGCCUGCUGCAUGCAGUGAGCUCGAUGAGUCUGAGAGAGCGCACGCUCUUUGUGGUGGCCACAGACCAAGGGUCACCUGCCCGUUCAUCCACCGGAGUGGUAAUGGUGUACCUGAGGGAGGAGCGUUACCAUGGCAUCCGCUUUCGGCGCAGUAUCAGCGAUGUGGCACUGGCUGAGAAUUCUGCACCAGGCACAUCAGUGGUCAGGGUUCAAGCCCAGCAUCAGAAUGGCUCCAAUCGAGGAAUCCUCUAUAGCAUCUUCAGUGGGAACGAGAGGGGCACCUUCACUAUUCGCUCUCAUACUGGUGAUAUCUCCAUUAAGAGCUCAGCUGGGCUGGACUUUGAGGAAGCACCCCGCCUGCGCCUCGUUAUUAAGGCCGAAUCAUCAACAUCAGCCGUUUUCACCUCGGUCACACUCGUUCUGCAGGAUGUGAAUGAUAACCUGCCCCAUUUCCAACAGCAGAAUUAUGUGGCCUUUCUGUGGGAGGCUCAGGGAUACAGCACACCAAUUAUGCAGGUUUUGGCAAAAGACCUGGACCAGGGUCAGAACGGACAGGUGAUGUAUUCCAUUGCAGAGUCACCUCAGAGCGACCUCUUCCAAAUCAACCCCCUGACCGGUGACAUCAGUACCGUGGCCAUUAUGGACAGAGAGAUCUGGCCGCAGGCACAGUUGCGUCUUACAGCAACAGACCGGGGAAUACCAAGGCUAGUGGGCACAGCCACACUAUCCAUCAUCAUUCUGGACCUGAACGACAACAGCCCCACCAUCCCCGUGCCCCAUGAGGUCCAGGUGGCAGAGAAUACUGCGAUUGGCUCAGAGAUCACCAAGGUGACAGGCAACGAUGUGGACUCAGGCCCGAUGCUCACCUACAGUCUGGCAACUGAAAGCCUAGUGUUCAGCAUCAGUCGUUACCAUGGAGUUGUCUCCCUGGCAGCAGAGCUGGACUUCGAGCAGCGUACAUGGUACCUGUUGACGGUCCACUCCUCUGACUCCAAACACAGCACUGAGGCAAACAUCACCAUCCGCGUUGAAGAUAUCAAUGACAACCCCCCUGUCUUUGUGCAGGAUUUGUACCAGGUGUCGAUAUCAGAGUUCACUCCUCCUGGCACCAGCAUCAUAACAGUCACGGCAACAGACAGGGACUCUGGAACAAACGGACAGAUCCUCUACUAUCUGAUGACCUUGGAGAGUGGGCUGUUUAACAUUGACCCUCAUAAUGGGACGCUGUUCACGGUUCGGGAGUUGAACCUCGAAGUGUCCGAGGCCAUGGAAUUGGUGGUUGAAGCCCGGGACCGCGGCCUCCCCGCCCUCUCCUCACGCAGCACGGUGCGGGUCCAGUUUCUGGAUGUGAAUGACCACUGGCCAACCUUCAGCCUGCCUGAGUACCGUACGCAGGUGUCCGAGGACCUACAGCCAGGCAGCACCAUCCUCACAUUUGAGGCCACCGACCUGGACCCAUGGCUGGACAACAGCGGCCUGGACUAUACCAUCGUCAGCGGCAACACGGCCAACGUGUUCCAGGUGCACAGCUGGCUCCGGCCGCAAGGCAACUGCUGGCGGACGCUGGGCAGCAUCAUGCUGGCCGAACCGCUGGAUUUCGAGACCGUGUCCGCCUACAACCUGACCAUCGCCGCCUCGGACCGCGGGGUGCCCCGCCGCAGCCGCACCGCCUCCGCCCUCAUCAGCAUCAGCGAUGUCAACGACAACCCGCCCAUCUUCAGCCGUGCCCGCUACCAGCUGACGGUAAGCGAGGCGGCGGCCGUGGGCACCGAAAUUGGCCGGGUUUUGGCCACCGACGCCGACUCCGGCACCGUCAUCCGCUAUUCCAUCAGCUCGGGGGACAGCGGCGGACACUUCACAGUGGAUGAGCGGAGCGGGGCCGUGCGCCUGGCCCGGCCACUGGACCGGGAACUGCAAGCGCACCACCAUCUCAUCCUUCAGGCCAGCGACGGCCCCGGUCACGGCGUCCAUUUCGCCCUGGUACCGCUGUCUGUGCAGGUAACCGACGUCAACGACAACCGGCCGCAGUUCCCGGUUCACCGGCUGACCGCCAGCGUGCGAGAGAACAUGCCAGCCCGCUCACUGGUCACUACGCUCCGCGCCACGGACCUGGACUCGGGUGGUUUCGGAGAACUGCGAUACUCGCUGGUGGCGCGGCCGGGGCUGGGGGCAGAGUCCUUCACCUUAGACCCGCUCUCCGGGGAACUACGCACCCGGCGGCCCUUCGACUUCGAGCGGCUUCACUCGCUGGAUGUUCUAGCGCAGGCGGUGGACCCGGGUAACGCCUCAGCCACUGUCACGGUUCAGGUACUGGUCACCGGCGAGGACGAGUAUGAUCCAGUAUUCAGCCAACCCGCCUACAGCUUCGCCGUGCCGGAGGACGCGCCGCGAGGAUGCAGCAUCGGCCGGGUCCUGGCCACUGACGAGGACCACGGCCCGGACGGCCUAGUGCUCUACUCGCUGUUGACGCCAUCGCCCUAUUUCACGGUGAAUGGCAGCACCGGGGAGGUAUUACUGAAGGUGGACGGCCGCAGGCGGCCAGGCAGCCGGGCCCGGAGGGAGGCGCGUGCCCUCACCCUGACCAUCCAGGCGCAGGGUCCGCUGGCCGGCUCCCGCUCCGCUCACACCCAGGCCACCGUGGACAUCAGCCACACUUCGCUCGGGCUGCCGGCCGAAGUGAGCCCACUGCUAGUGGGCGCACUGGCCGCUUCGCUGGCUAUCGGCGGGAUGCUGGCGGUCAUCGGCCUGACACUGGUCAUCCUGCGGGCCAGGAGGAAGCGGAGACGCGCCGAAGGUGGCCUGCGGGAGAAAGCGCUGGAGAAGCUGGCGGCCGAGGGGACCCUGCCCGCCAGCGAGCACAUCUACCACCAGGCGCUGCCUGGCUACCCUUCCGCGCCGGCCGCCCUCGGGCCACCCUAUAGCCGUGGCGACUCCGUUGACCCAUCGCACUCGAGCGGCCGCGGCUCGGCGGAGGCGGCCGAGGACGACGAGAUCCGCAUGAUUAACGAGUACCCGCGGCUAGGAAGCGUGUCUGCACGCGGCCCCGACUCAGGCAUCCAGCAGGAUGCCGACCGUCUGUCAGACGUCUCCACUGAGCCAGCCGCCGACUGGCUGAAGCAGAAGAAGGGGCCCUCCGUGUUGUUGCCGGGGUCGGUGCCGCAGCCGGCGUUCCGGGAUCACGCAGGGGGCUUCCCGGUGGGCGGAGUGGGGCUCGGGUCCUGUCACGCCAAGGACUGCGUCUUCGCUGAAGACGGGCGCCCUUUGGCUCAGGGAUCGCUGACGGCCAUCGUAGCCAGCGAUGAGGAGCUGAGGGGCAGCUACAAUUGGGACUAUCUCCUCAACUGGUGCCCGCAGUUUCAGCCGCUCGCCAGCGUCUUCACCGAGAUCGCCCGCCUCAAGGACGAGAGCGCCCCCCGCAAACAGCUACCGGCCAAACCCAAGGCAGAUCCCAAGCCUUGCAUCGACCCUCCGCCACUUAUCACUUCGGUGGCCCAUCCGAAUGCCAUGUCUGUGCCCCCUCGGCUGGCAGUGGGGAGGAAACAGAUGCCAGCCAUGCGCCGCUCGCCCAUCACUAGCGACGCCUCCAUCGCCUCGGCGGCCAUGUCCCCGAGCUUUUCUCCCUCACUCUCCCCUCUGGCUGCACGGUCCCCGGCCGUUUCCCCCUUCGACGUCUCGCAAGGACCGUCGGCCUCGGUCAUCAGCACUGAACACUCCCUUGACACUGCCCAGGAAGCUGAGCUGCACAUCUGACCCUGCGUUUGCCCCUUGACCCUGUCACACACCAGUCACCAGGGUGGAGAGCGAGGCAACAUCAGUACUUCUCAAAACUGGGGAUAUAGCAGCAAUGUCAUUCCAGGAAACAAGUCCAGAGCAAAUCUCCAUGGAUCUGUUGAAAAAUUGUUAAUAGUUCAAACAAGUAAAAAUUGGACACAAGCUAAUCCUGAAACUGGGCUACCAGCAGACAGAAAGAAAGAGUCGGGAUAAUGUGAAUGGUGGCCUUGAAUCGAAGGAGGUGGGAAAAUAGAUGGUGUGAGUGAAGAGAGCUUCACCCCGUCUUUGAGUGUGUGAUGGGAUGGUGUAGAGGGAGCUUCACUCUGUGUCUGACCCCGGGAGUGUGUGAUGGGACGGUGUAGAGGGAGCUUCACUCUGUGUCUGACCCCUGGAGUGUGUGAUGGAAUUGUGUGUGUAUUGGGGGGUGGGGAGGAGUUUCACUCUGUGUCUGACCCUGGGAGUGUGUGAUGGGACAAUGUAGAGGGAGCUUCAAUCUGUGUCUGACCCCAAGAGUGUGUGAUGGAAUUGUGUGUGUAUUGGGGGGGGGGAGGAGUUUCACUCUGUAUAUGACCCUGGGAGUAUGUGAUGGGACAUUGUAGAGGAAGCAUCAGUCUGUGUCUCACCCCAGGAGCGUGUGAUGGGAUGGUAUGGGGGAGCUACACUCUGUGUCUGAUGCUGGGAGUGGAGUGUGUGAUGAGACCAUUUGGAGGGAGAUUCAAUCUUUGUCUGACCCAUGGGAGUGCAUGAUGGGACAGUGUAGAGGGAGUUCACUCUGUAUCUGACCCCGGGAGUGUGUGAUGGGACGGUGUGGAGGGAGAUUCACACUGUUUGACCCUGGGAGUGUGUGAUGCGAUGGUGUGGAGGGAGCUUCACUCUGUGUCUGACUCUGGGAGUAUAUGAUGCUAUGGUGUGGAGGGAGCUUCAGUCUGUGUUUGACCCAUGGGAGUGUAUGAUGGGUCAGUGCACAGGGAGCUUCACUCUGUGUCUGACCCUGGCAGUGUGUGGUGGGACCGUGUGGGGGGAGCUUCAUUCCGUGUCACAACCCCAGGGAUAUGUGAAGGGACGGUGUAGAGGGAGCUUCAAUAUGUGUCUGACCCAUGGGAGUGCAUGUUGGGACAGUGCAGAGGGAGCUUCAUUCUGUGUCUGACUCUGAGAGUGUGUGAUGGGACAGUGUGGAGGGAGCUUCACUCUGUGUCUGACUCUGGGAGUGUGUGAUGGGUCAGUUCAGUGCAGAGGGAAGUUUGCUCUGAGUCUGGGAUGGUGUGGAGGGAGCUUCAUUCUCUGUCUGAUCCCGACAGUGUGUGAAGGGAUGGUGUCAGGGGAGCUUCAUUCUGUACCUGACCCUGGGCGUGUGUGAUAUGUCAGUGGAGAGGAAGCUUCAUUCUCUGUCUGAUGCCGGCAGCGUGUGAAGGGAUGGUUCCUGGGGAGGCUUCAUUCUGUGCCUGACCCUGGGAGUGUGUGAUGGGACCAUGUGGAGGGAGAGUGAGUCUGUGUUUGACCCCAGGACAGUGCAGAAGGAGCUUCACUUUGUGUGUGGAUUUGAUGGGCCUGUUCUUGAUGAGACAGCAUAAACUAUUUGAUAUAAGUCGGAUCAAAGUAGAGAAGUUAGAGAAAGUCAGAUAAUGUUGGCAGAGUCUAGGGAUGCGGAUGGUACAAGGAGCACUCCAGGUUAAAGUCUGAGGUCAUUCUCACCAAAUGACCUUGAUGGUGGAGUGCAGUUAAUACUGGUUGGGGUCAGAGUUUCCUUUAUUUUGGGAUUAGAGUGAUUUGCCACUCUGAAUUGCUCCAAUUUAUGUAUGAAAGGGAAAUUUAUUUUUCAAUUGAACAUUAUUAAUGUGUAAUUGGCUAGCAUUUUCCUAUUGAUGGAAGAGACAGAUUACCUUCUUGUCGUGUUCUAUUUGAAUCCUCACCUCUUAAGCUCCCACCUCAACUACAAUCUACGCUAGACUGAACGCAAUCACUUUGCUCUAAGAGGAGGUUUAUGUUUGGUGAGGUUGUGAACUCUGUCCGGAGUUCCGAGUCCUGAACAUUUGUCGAGGCCACAGACUGGGAAAACAGUGGUGCUGUGAGACUGGCUUGUUAUGUGGCCGUCAGUAAUAGCAGGACCUCAUUAUGAAACAAUGUGAUUGUAUUUAUGGGCAGUCGGGGCAGCAACGAUGUGUGUGUCCAUCGGUGAUGUGGUGUUCAUGUGGUAGAAUCCUGUCCAGGAACCGGAAGCAGAGGUGGGGUGUCUGGGGCAGUAAUGUGGCAUUUUCUGCACACUACCCGGGGUCCAGACAAGGCCAGAGGUCACUUCAGCACAAACUGAGGCCGAUACUGAGUCAGUUUCUAUCGUUAAGGAUGUAAACUCUCACUUUGCUAUAGUUCUGGUUAACUUGGUCGUUUUGUGUAAAUAGUACUUGAAAGUUGCCUGUAAACUGAUGAAGGACAAGAACCCCUGGGAUAUUGGUGCCUCAGCCAAUCAGUUAUUUGUUCAAUAUUUUAUUGUUUCUAAAUGCUGCAUGAUGAUUGGUGAGACAAUGGCAUUUCCAUAACAACUAACUAUUCCCUGGGGUCAGCAAUGGGAGAGGUGAGGAGAUGGUCAGAGCCAAAUCACAGACUGCGGCCAGGAGGGAUAUUCACUGAGUGACUGGACACAGUCCACUGUGCAGCAGCCCCAGCAGGCACUGCCCAGUAAUAGCCACCCCUCGCUGGAGGACUGAUCAGACAUACUGAUCCUCACUGGAGGACGGGUCCCACACAUGCGCUGAGCCUCGCUGGGGGUUGGGUCCCUCACACACACUGAUCCUCAUUGGAGGAUGGUCCCAUACACACACACACACACACACACACCCUCUGACCCUCACUGGGGGACGGUCCCACACACACACUGGCCCUCACUGCGAUUGGGUCCCACACACACACUGACCCUCACUGCGGUCAGGUCCCACACACAUACUGACCCUCGUUGGGGGACAGUUCCACACACACACUGACCCUCACUACGGUCAGGUCCCACACACACACACGCUGACCCUCACUGGGGGAUGGUCACACACACACUGAUCCUCACUGGGGGGAUGGUCCCACACACACUCUGACCCUCAAUACAGUUGGGUCCCACACACACCACUACAGAUAUCUGCCUGUAGUGUUAGGUUUCCUUUAGCACUAUUGGUUUAGUGUAAGUUGAUAAAAUUUCCUUGUGUAAUCCUUAUCUGUGUAUUAAUGUUAGAGCACAACACCAGAAUUCUAGGGGCAUUAAUCAGGGGCAGGUACCGAAGAUUAUAACUCCUUUUUCUACUCCAGGGGGCACUGUUCUCCAGCUUGGGCCAGAAUCCCUGGAUAUUCUUCUCACUAGCAACACAUGGGUUAAUGGACAGUGCCUGAAAGCAGGAACCCUGGCUGAUACCCUCCUCACUGUGAUACCAGAGGUCGCUGGUCAGUGAUGGGGAGUAGGAGCCUUGGAUGAAUCCUGCUCACUGUGAACCUGGGUCACUGGUCAGUGAUGGGGAAUUCUGACUGAUCUCCUCCCCUUCCCUGGGUGAUAUGUUUGCGUUAAGAUCUCACCUGGGUCAUGUGGGCAAUGUGCACUGAACACUGGGAACCUGUGGCAAGUGACGAUGGUUGUUCUCUGCUUUGUGAGCACAGAAGCAGGUGGUGCGGUAUGAUACUGUGCUGUGCAAGAACAUGGUAUCACACACGGAAAUGAUUUCCUCAGCCCCGUGUCGAGUGUCGUGGUGAGAGCUACUUGUGGCCACUCCACUGGGCAGAUCACUCCACUGGCAAACCACUGCUGAGUCUGGGAGAGUCAUAGAAAACUACAGUGCAGAAACAUGCCCUUCAUCCCAUGAAGCCCAAGCCAAACUGCGAAUCCAAAUGUAUCUUAAAAAUCAAACCCGCAUCUACCACUCGUGCUGGCAGUUCGCUUCACACUCUGAGUGAAGAAGUUCCCCAUGUUCCCCUUGAAUAUUUCGCCUUUCACCCUUAACCCAUGACCUCUAGUUAUUAGUCUCACCAAACCUCACUGGAAAAAGCUUGCUUGCGUUUACCCAAUCUAUACCCUUCAUAAUUUUGUACACUUCUAUCAAAUUUCCCUCAUUUUUCUACGCCCCAAGGAAUAAAACAUUAACCUCUGCAACCUUUCCCUGUAACUCCGGUCCACAAGCACCACGAAUUUUCUCUGCACUCUUUCAAAUGAUAUCUUUCCUGUAAGUAGGUGACCAGAAUUCUAAUGCACUCUUUCAAGUUCAUUGAUAUCUUAAUGAUAUAACAACUCCCCAGAAUUCCCACCCGACCCCAAUGGAGACAAGUGGAGGAAGCUCUAACCCCCAGUGGGGGUGGGGGUGGGCCUAAUGCCAGUGGAGGCAAGGUUAUCAAUCCUGUGGAAGAAUGAUGAAGUGCACAGGUUUACUUGGCGAAUGGUUCAACAGGAAGCAGAAGAUUCAAUGGCAAUAUUUAUUUUUACACUCUGUAAUAUAAGAGCUGUGUUUUGUAUUCUGAUGUAAUAGACAUGCAUGACUCUGUAAUGGAGAUGGCGGCUGCACAGGGGCCAGUUCCAAGGACCCGGCCUUUGGUCAGUCCCUACACUGGCUCUGGUCAGCUGUUAUAAGCAGAAUUUUCAUUAAA